CUGAGAUUCACCGUAACCAUAAGCGGAUCGGCGCUGGGGAAGACAAGCGCCUGGAUAGAAGAAUCACGCAAUAGAAGCGAGCGAUGGUCGCGUCUCUUCAGACUUUGCUACUGCUACCCGCUUUCUUGGCUGCGUUUGUGCUAGCGGAAAAGCCCCCACUGAGCUACAGAUAUGUAGACACUCUGCGCGAUCAACUGGCCAGAGACCCGCGUCCUGUCGUCCACUACGAGGACAGUGUCUGGGACGUUAAACGCGACGAUAAAACCGGUUUUCUGCAGGAUAUGUACAAAGGUAACGUUGCUGGCGAUCUGGGUACUGUCACGCUGACUGCAACACCGCCGCUACUAAGGGACGGAGAGGAUUUGGUGAUCUCCUGGAGUGGUGUGAAGAGUCCGCAUCAGACGGACUUUGUCGGCCUCAGCUGCGGCCCCAAGGCUCACGACAAGGAUUUUCUCGUUAAGAUUGGCAUCACGGAAGCCAAUGGACCUGGGGCUGAUGGGCCGGAGCUGCCCAACUCCAUCCGCUUCUCAUCGCUGUACAUGAUGCGCUGCAAUUACACCGUGGAGUACUUCAACUUCCAGGCAAAUGGCAACGUCUUCGCUCCGCUUGCCAAACUGGAAGUGGGUAUGGUUGAAUCUUUCAGUGCCCCAAAGCACGGGCAUAUUGCCCUCACAGAGAAUGUCGACGAGAUGUCAGUGAUGUUUAACUCAGCCUCCCGUAACACGCCUGUGGUCAAGUACGGCCUUGAUCCUGCUGCGCUGAACAAGCAUGCUGAAGGCAAGUCCAAGACAUACACAGCUGCUCACAUGUGCCACCGUCCAGCGAACCUCACGAGCCAGCAAUGGUUCCGUGACCCAGGUAACAUGCACACAGUCAUCCUAAAAGGACUGAAGUUAGGAACACGAUACUUCUACAAGUUUGGCAGUGACAAGGAUGGCUGGAGCUCGGUUUACUCGCUCAUGAGUCGUCCGGACGAGUCCGUAAAGAGCGCCAAGUUCAUUGCGUACGCUGAUAUGGGCGUGGAUCCGGCGCCUGCUGCGACGUCUACUGCCGUGCGAUCGUAUCAAGACGUGAUGGACGGCUACGACAGUUUCCUCCUACACUUUGGAGACAUCAGCUACGCUCGCGGUCACGCUCACGUGUGGGACGAGUUCUUCCAUGUGAUUGAGCCAUACGCUACCCGAGUCCCGUACAUGAUCAGCAUUGGUAACCACGAGUAUGACUACGUAACUGGCGGUGCCAAUGACCCAAGCGGCGCUAUGGGGGAGGAUGGGAGAAUGGAUUUCCACCCGGACUGGGCCAAUUACGGUGAAGAUUCGUCCGGUGAAUGCUCGGUGCCGAUGUACUACCGCUGGGAUGCUCCCGCUAACGGUAAUGGUAUCUAUUGGUACUCGUUUGACUACGGUGGAAUCCACGUUAUCCAGAUUUCAUCCGAGCACGAUUGGCGUCGUGGAUCCAAGCAGUACAAGUGGUUGGAGAACGACUUGAAGAAUGUGGAUCGGAAGAAGACGCCGUGGGUCGUUUUAACGUCGCACCGGAUGAUGUACACCACUCAGCUUGGCGAGGAGGCCGACUACAAGGUGGCUCAGCACUUCCGCGAUGAAGUGGAGGACUUGCUCUGGACGUACAAAGUGAAUUUAAUGCUAGUGGGUCACCAGCACUCGUACGAGCGUAGCUGUGCUGUGCGUAACGGGAAGUGCACAGAGGACGGCCAAGGACCUGUCCACAUUGUGAUUGGAUCGGCAGGCGCUGGUUUGGAGAAGCAAGGAUUCUCAAAGGAGCUUGGCGAGUGGAGUGUGAGCCACCUAAACGACUGGGGAUACCUGCGCGUGGAUUCGACUGAGGAGGCCAUGAGCGUGCAGUUCGUCUUGAACCGCAAUGGCGUCGUGUACGAUGAGGUCACCUUGACUCCGUGGAACUAG